CAUACAUAGACACAAUUUGUUUCAGGUCUGUAGAGAGCUAGGCACAAUAACAGACAAAGGCUAAGGCUGUUAACUGGUAGUCCUCCAGUAUAUGUCGGCAGCGGAUCCAUUGGUUGUGGCCCAUGUUCUACAAGAUGUGCUUGAUCCAUUUACAUCAACUGUUCCACUCAGGAUAGCUUACAACAAUAGGCUAGUCCUGGCAGGUGCUGAGCUAAGACCAUCUGCAAUUGUAAGCAAGCCACGAGUUGAUAUCAGUGGCAGUGACAUGAGAGUUCUCUACACCCUGAUAUUGGUGGAUCCAGACGCCCCAAGCCCAAGUCACCCAUCACUAAGGGAGUACUUGCACUGGAUGGUGUCAGACAUCCCUGCAACAACUGGUGCCAGCUUUGGCCAAGAGCUUGUAGUUUAUGAAAGACCAGAACCCAGAUCUGGUAUCCAUCGGAUGGUAUUUGUGCUGUUCCAGCAACUAGGCAGGGGUACAGUUUUUGCACCAGACGUGCGACACAACUUCAGCUGCAGGAACUUUGCACGGCAGCACCACCUCAAUAUUGUGGCUGUCUCAUAUUUCAACUGUCAAAGGGAAGGUGGAUCAGGUGGAAGAAGGUUUAGGCCAGAAAGUUCUCAAGGGGAGUAGAGAUUAGAUACUACAGAGUAAAGACCAUUGUAUGCUGCACC